AGGAAGUGGAGGCAGAAGCUGAGGGGAGGGCCGACACACAGAAACACUUUUUCCCUUUGCCUUUGAGUUUUUCCUUAUUCAGUCCUGCGGCUCAACAGGAGGGAGAAGAGAAGGAGGGUGGGGGGGGGAGCAAAGAGGAGGCGGGGUUUUUGAUGGAGCUGAGAGAGACAGAGCAGCCCAAUAUUCACAAGUCCGUGGAAAUACGAUGGAAGCCAGCGUCGUUUCCCAGGACGCAGGCCACUCGAGUCCUCUGACGGGACCGCUCGACCCUCCAUCCCUCCCCUCAUCCUCUCCUCUGUCUGCACCCCUGCUGCCCUCCAACCCUCCGGCCAGGCCGAGCCGGCCCAAGCCGCCGCCGCCCAUGGCCAAGUCCUCCCAGCUCCCCUCUCGACCUCCUUUCCCCCCGUCCACCCCUCCAUCCCUCCCUCCUCCUCUGCCUCCUGUCCCCCCACCUGCUCCCUCCUCUCUUUCCCCAAACCCGACUCUGCCUCCGUCUCUCCCUCCGCCCCUCUCUCCCACUCCGGUCUCUCCUCCUCCCCUCUCUCCCACUCCGGUCUCUCCUCCUCCCCUCUCUCCCACCCUGGUCUCUCCUCCUCCCCCCUUGCUUUCGGAUCUCACUCUUGCUCUUUCUCCUGCUCUUCCUCCUCCAUUAUCUCCAACACUCUGCUCCAUCCCUUCCCCCCCUCCUCCACCUACUCCCGUCACCCCACCGCCUUCGCCGGUUUCUCCACCUCUGAGUUUUAUAGACAAGCUGGUUGGGAGUACGUCUGUGUGGCAGCCCAAAGGACUCAGUGAAGAACAAGCCACUAAUAUAAUGGAGAAAGAAGCAGCUGGGGCGUUCCUGGUUCAGAGUACCGAGGACAAAGCUACGAUGCUAUCAGUGCGCCAGCCCGAGGAGGCGGGAGCUCCGCUCGUACGCAAGCUGACGGUGAAACAACACAAGACGUUUGUCCACUUAGAGGGGUCCUCUCUCGUUUUUGAUGACAUCUUUAAACUGAUUUCCUUUUACAGUGUGAGCAGAGACAUCCUACUCGUCCCUUUGAGGUUACCGCAGGCCAUUACCACAGCAACUAAGAAAGAGGAGCUGGAGGUCAUCGCAGCCAUGGGUGCAGAUUUCUGGACGUCCAAUUUAAAGCAGCACCCUGAGAACCAGGAUCUGGAUUUACAACAGGACCAAACCACUCAUCCAGAUAAGUACCUGUACAUAAACCCGGUCACUGUGGAGGACCGACCCAGCAAGGACCCGAAGCCCUCCGCCACCUCCAAACUCCACACCAGCAGCAAUGAAGACACCAGCUCUGCUCUGCAAAACGGAGAGAUUCCAGAGAAGAUCGUCGCGCAGGUCAAAGUUUCGACCAAAAGCACACCCAAACAGGAGGCGAAAUACAAGCGUCCCCCACCCCGACCCCCCAGCUUGAGCUCGGGGUCCGGGAUGGGCCUCCUGUUCUCCACCAGCUCCUCGCCCUCCGUGACUUCAGAAGCUGAGAGAAAAGAGGAAGCAAAGGGAGGAACAGUCGCGAAAGAGGACAGAAAGUCAGCGUCAACCUCACCUCCUCCAUCGAGACCUCCUGUCCCCCCGCAGAGCCGAGCAGCUCCCCCCCUGCCUCCUGCUCCCAGUCGACGCACCUCCUCCGGCAGAGGCACCGGCAGAGAGGUGGGAGAGGGAACAGAGAGAGAGAAGGGACAAAAUCCUGCGAGGAAAAGUGAGAGAGAAGGGGGAGGAGAGAGAGGGAAGGAGAAAGCAGGUCUGCUGGCUGAGAGCGCUGAACAGAAGAGCAAGCUCCAACAGCAGCAGGUCGAGGAGGAUGCAGAGAAGGGAGGGAGAGAGGACGAGAAGGAGGAGAAAGAGGAGAAAACGGAGAAGGAGGACAAACAGAAGUGCAGCGCCCCGUGCCCGCCGCUGGGAAAGAAGCCGUCCCGUCCAGUUCCUCCACCGAGAACCAAACCGUGUUUCCAAAACCCCGCCCUGAACUCCAGCCAGGCCGGAGGACCAAUAACAAACCAGAGUGCUUCUGUCAGACUGCCUCCUCCAUCACCAGCACGGCGGCCAGACGUGUCGCUGUACUCGCCACAGGGGGGCGCCGUCCUGGGGACUGAUCCGGACUCCUGCUCGGCCAGCAGCACAGAGGAAGAAGCAGAGCCCAGCCAGGACCUGGAGCAAAGCAACAAUCGCAUUGCAGACAGCCGCAGCCCCAAAGCAGCAGUGAGGAGAACCCCCACCACCAUCAUGCUGGACCGGGCUCGCUACCGCCUGUCCACCGUCAUCACCGGACUCAUCAGCCACGAGCGCCGCCUCACUCAGCGAAUCGUGGAACUGGCCCGGGACCCCAUGAGCUACUUCGGCAACCUUGUGAAAGAGCACCGCGCCUUCACCCUGGAGACCAUGUCGAACCACUCGUCCUCCACCGAGCUGCUGCAGGAGAUCAGACAGAUGAUGACUCAGCUGAAGAGUUACCUGCUGCAGAGCACGGAGCUGCAGGCGAUGCUGGAGCCGCAACACCAGUACCCGCAGGACAAACUGGAAAGCAUAGUCGAAACUGCUUUGUGUAAGAGCGUCCUAAAACCGCUGAGGGAGCCAAUCUAUCAGAGCCUGGAGCGACUGCACACCAGCAGCGACAGCCUGAAGCAGCUGGCCCUGAACCAGUCUGUUGUGCUGGGCAGCACCACCACGGCGUUAGGAGUGACCACAGCCGUCCCCGAGGCCUCCGCCAUGGAGAAGAUCAGCAUCAAACUGAACAACCUCCAUCAGGAGUACUCGCCACAGAAGAAGAUUGAGACGCUGCUGAAGGCCUGCAAGAUCAUCUAUGACUCCAUGUCUGUCAGCAGUCCAGGGCGGACCCAUGGUGCUGAUGACUUCCUGCCUGUAAUGAUGUAUGUCCUGGCUCGCUCCAACCUCUCCGCCCUGCAGCUGGAUGUUGAAUACAUGAUGGAGCUGAUGGAUCCUUCAUUAACACUCGGAGAAGGGUCCUAUUAUUUGACCACCACCUACGGAGCGCUGGAGCACAUAAAGACGUUUGACCAGCAGAGGUCAGCAACACGGCAGCUCAGCAGAGAGGUGCAGGACUCCAUCCACCGCUGGGAGAGGCGGCGCACACUCAACCAGGAGCGCGAGGGCCAAGGAUCUGUUCGGGACUUUCUGACAGUCUGCUGUCCUGAGAUUGGAAGCAAUCCAAAGACUCUGGGUGUCCUCCCCACGACAACAAUCCAGCAGCUCACUGAGCAGUGUGCCACGCGCUUUGAACAAGACUCCUACACGCUCAGCGUGUACAUGGAUGGUGUUCACCAGACUUUAGCUCCCACUGAGCUGGCGCUCAGCGUGAAGAACAGUUGUCAGCCGGGAACCUACUGCUUCGUCUAUCACCCGCCCGGCCAACCGUGUCCCCAGCCCAGCCGGAGCUGCCCCACAGAUCCGCCCCCGGCUCCACCUGUUCUACCCGAAAGCUUCCUCCCUCCAGACGCUGCAGCUAGCCCAAGCGACGGGGAGGUGGAAGUGGAGGUGGAGGAGGAGGAGAGCCUGAUUAGCUUGUAACUGCCGCAGAGUGGCAACGGUUACUGCUGGAGGCAAAACGAAGUGUAGGAUGAAUCUUCAACUCAGGUCUCACUUGAAAAAUGGAUUUGAUUGAAAUUGGAACCUGCGGCGGGUGAAUAUGAGUGUAUUCAGGGCGGUGCAGCUUAUAACACGUGAUGAAAUGUGGAGGAUGCUCCCGUUUGUGAAGUCAUUUUGUGUCUCAUGUUACAUAAAUCACCAAAGGGAGCUGCAGCACACUAAAACGGGACGGAACAUAUGAGUGAUUCUGUAUUUCAGUACGGGGUCUGGAACCCUUGCAACCGCAGGUGGCUGUUUUUAUAGAAUGUAACAAUGCCUGGAAUGGUAACAAACAUAUGCAAUGUGAUCAUGUUUAUACUGUUUUCCGCUAUUGCAGCAGAAGCCACCCUCUGAAGUGUGCUAGUCACUUUUGUUAUAAAAUAUUUUAACAGGAUGAAUGUCUCUUUCUCUAAUUAAAGCGGUGCACAUUUAAGUCAGUAUUACUUUGUGAAAAACACCUCAGCAGGCUUCUUUUUCUUUUCUUUUCUUACCUAAAGAAGGGUAUAUGGACCAAAACUUCUAAAACUCUCAGGUAGUUUGAAGAAGUUUCAUUUUCACUUAAUCUACAAUGUAAUGAUUGUAAUGUAAAUAAACUGUCUGUUGCAAUUCA